CAGUGCUGAUAGCGGAAGCUGCACAUGUCAGCUCGGUUUGAUGAAGAUGAUGGACCCGCUGGAGGCGGUUCUGGAUGAAGUGGCUCUGGAGGGUCUGGACGGCAUCAGUGUUCAGACUCUGUGGUUGAGGCUUCAGACGCGUCAGCCCGUGUUCGGCAUGAAUCUGGACCCGCUCAGUAAACAGUUCCUCUGGAGCGCUGUGAGCCGAACACCUGAGAUCCGAUUCUACCUGUCGCCCGAGCCCAGAAUACCCGUCACCAUACACGACCGGUUUGUGGAGGUGGAUCAUAACACUGGCAUUCAUAAGAUGCUUGAGGCCGACCCGGAGGACGUGUACCCGAUGAGCGUGGUGACCGACGACCCGGACGGCAUCCAGGGCUCCUGUCUGUACUACAGAGAGCGCACGGACAUCACGGACCAGAUCAGAACCGCUGAGCUCAAAGCGCUGGUGACGCUGGAACAGGCCCAGACCCGGUGGGGUGAGAAACUGGUGAUGGUGGCGUCUCAGGAUGUCCGUUAUCGAGCUCUGAUCGGGCCGGAGGGGAAUUCUGAGCUCAAGCUGCCGGACACAUGCUACUGUGUACUGGAGAGACUGGGCCGGGCCCGCUGGCAGGGCGAACUACAGCGAGACCUGCACAUACGUGUGUUCAGAACGGAUGCAGGUAAGAUGCAUUAUCUCAGGAGUACUCUGGACAGAAACAGAAUGAUCACUUUACAACCACACGUCAUGCGACUGCCAACAGGAGGACAACAACAUUCACUGCUGCUGCUGCUCAAACGAUUCCACGUGGACAGGAGGGGUAAAUAUGAUAUUCUGAUGGAGACCACGUCUCAGAUCCUGUCUGAACUGCCCAAUAAGAUUGGCAUCAUGGUUAAAAUCAGAGAGCAGCUGCAUGUGAGCAAGCGCACAUUCAAGCGUGUGUAUCAGUACAUGACUGCAGCUAAGAUGGUGUGUGUAUUGAGUGUUCCUCUGCAAGAACUCGACCCCGACGGAAGACCCGUCAAAACACAACGAGGCACAGAUGCGUAUGCUCGCUGUCUGAAGCUGUUGAAGCCGUACGGACAAACGGAGGAUUAUGGUGAUGAUGAUGACAACAAUGAUGACGAAGGCGAUGCGGCUGUGAAGAGGAGCGUUCUCGCCGUACCUCGCAUCAUCGAGCGUGACGUGAUCUCACAAGCCUACGAUAUCGUGGUGUCGACCGGGACUAAAGGGAUCUCUCAAUUAGCGUUGAGAGGUCGACUGAACAUCGGGAAACUGGAGGGAAGAAUGAUCUGUAAAUUACUGGAGCGAAUCGAUAUGAUCAAGGGUUUUAUGGUGGACGAGGGGCGUCAGAGAACCACUAAAUACAUCAGCAAACACUUUGUGGAACAGAGUCAACUCAACUUCAAGUUCACUAAAGAACGAGAGCGCAGCAAACACCUGCACACCACACACCUCACACAACCAGAUCCAGAACCCCAGAACCAGCCAGAACCGGAUCGGCUCAUGGAGGUCUCAGAGGAGGGCAGUUCUGAGGGGCAAGAGACACAGACGAGACUCCAGAUACCCCUGCAGCUCAAACAGUCCAAACUCGACUUCAAGAAGAAGCCUCCGUCUUCACCUCGAGUGGGCGGAGCUAAAUCCUCACAGAAGGCUAAAGCGUGUCAGGAAGCAGAUGAUUCGUGCCCCAUCCCCGCUGACCACGCCCCCAGCACGGGUGCCAGCCAAUCACAUAUGGCAGACACACCGUCGGUGGUAGAGGAAGUGCUCACAAAGGAGACGAAGAAAUGUAAAGUUCACGAGACGUAUCGUCUGCUCAAACGCAAGAACAUGAUCAUCGAGGCUGUACGCUGCAGCAAAGUCAUCGAGGGCUUUUACUCGCUGCAGAAGUUGCUGACUGAAGAGCAGAAGAAGGAUGGAGUGAACUCUAAAGUGUGCAAGAAAAGUGUAAUGAGACUCACACGUUCGCUGUCUAGAGAGGGACUACUCAAAAUCUACCAGACGAUAGUCAUACAGGAUGGAGUACACAAGAAGGUUGAGUUUGUAGUUCAUCCGUCUGUCACUCCUGAUGAUCCGCUGGUGAAGAUCACUAUUGAACAAAUCCGCUUGCGCAUGUCCAGCUCCGCGUCUGCAGCUCGGAUUGAGCCGGCGAUUGUCAAGACAAAGACAAAUUCAAAGGAAGAAGAGGAGAAAAAAGCAUCAGCUUCUUCAUGGCCGUCUCAAAGCAGCACACCAAAGAAGAUGGAGGAGAAGAUGGGCUUCAAAUCGCUCAAGUCAUUCAGACCUGUCAUCGUUCCAGGACUCGGCCGUUCUUUGGGCUUCCAGCCGAAGAUGCCUCGCUUGCGAAUCGUUCACGCCUUCCUGUGGUACCUGAUUUAUGGACACCCUCUGAGAAGAGCAACACCUGCUGACCCUGACCCCCAGACGCAGUCUGAUCCCGAGACCAUCUCAACCUCCAUCACGGAUGGACAGACGGAGGAAGACGGCGGUGCGACUGAUGCAGGACGGUUCAAGGUGUACGUAAACGCGUGUAACUGGAAGAGGUUCAUUCCUCCGAUGCCCGUGCACAAGGACUUCGGUUACGGAUGGGCGCUGAUCAGUGAUGUUCUCGUAUCGCUGCCACUCAGUGUGUUAAUGCAGGUCGUCCAGAUCAACUAUAAGGUUGAGGGUUUGGAGCAUUAUUUGAAAGAUCCGAUCAAGCAACAUUAUCUGAUCAGAUUCCUCCCUUCCGAGAUGAAGAGACAGCUGCUAUACAAGAGGAAGUACAUCUUCAGUUUUCAUAAGAAUCUGCAGCGCUUGUGUUUCAUGGGUUUGCUUCAGUUCGGCCCCCAUGAGAAGUUCAUGGACAAAGAUCAGGUGUUUAUUUUCCUGAAGACGAAGGCCAUGAUUCUGGACACGACAGUGUGUGACCCGCACUAUAACAGAGCCACUGAGAGCAUCCGUACAUUUGAACGCAAACAUUACGUGUUCAACAGUGCACAGAACGUGGACAAGUACUGGUUUGACAUGCUGUGUGUGUGUCUCAACACACCUCUAGGUGUAGUACGAUCGCGCACUAAUGGAGGUAAAGGUGAGGCGGAGGGGGCGGAGUCUGAUGUUCCAGUGGGAACGGAGUACUGCAUCAAGCUGCAGUACACAUUACAGGGCAGCUCUGUCGUGGUGGAUGAUGGUGUUACCCCGGGCGAUGGGCAGGGCGCUGCCGGACUGGACUCCACUUUCUUUGGUCAUCUAAAGCGCAACUGGUCGUGGACCAGUCACCUGGUGAAAAUAGACACGCAGAGUGCUGACUCUAAAGGAAGUCACACCAUCCGACUGAGAAACCUGCUCUCCAAACAUCCUUCAACUAAACCUGCCACAAAUGACGCAGUGCAGACGGGUGUAAAGGUGCUGUCCCCUGCAGUUCUGGAGGAGGAAGUGACCGUGACCUAUGAACCGUCCAGCAGAAAUGAGCUGGUGCGUGGUGGACGAACACUCAAACGCAACCGACCAAAGAAAGAGAUUAGCAAACCAGUCCACAAAAAGAAGAAAGGUCCUGCUGUAAGGAAGAGACAGUGUCAGAUGCAGGAUGAGACGGAUCGCAAAGCUCUUCUGCUGAUGACCAAACAGAGAGUCACAUGGACACACCUGGAGGACAGUUUACUGAUGCUGUGUAGAGUCACCAGCCACUUCCUCAACCGCAAGUUGCAGAGGCCGUUUGUACCGUGGACGGUGGUUCGAGACAUUCUUCAUGCUGAAUUUGAGUUAUCACUGGAUAAAACAUCUCUGUCUAUCGGCCGGCGAUCACGAUAUAUCAUGAAGAACCCACAAUCCUGCUACAACUUCAGGAUUUGUUUGGCUGAAAUGUAUCAUGAUAAAGAGCUGAUCGACAAAUUCAUGACCAGAACUGCAGACUACAACGAUCCAAAGGUGUGUGCUGCAGAGUAUAAGGAGUUUGUCAGUGCUCUGAGGUCAAAGUUCAGCUCCAGCUCCAGUCCCAGUGAUGUCAUAAUACCAGACACAAAAGAGGAACUUUUCAACAAGUUUAAGGUGUAUGCAGUUGGAGACAAAACACUUGAACGCACUAAAGAUGUUUUAAAAAGCCCGGAGGACAUUCAUGUUCUGGUGCUUCUUAAUUUAAUUCAGAGUACUCUAGUGUUGACGAACGCCCAGAUGAAGAACUACAGAGCCUUCCCGACGUUCUGUCUGUAUACACGGUAUCGAGAUCCGGUGUUGUCUGAGGCAUUUCAAACAUGUCGGAGGCGGGGUUUAGUGAACCGUCGCCGCCCUGCCACUAUCUACGGCCUGAAGAAGUGCCACGCCCUCCCGUUCCUGCCCAUGUCCUUUCAGCUGUCACAGCACUAUUACAGGGUUUUCACGUGCCGUUUCCCCAGCACCUUGUGUAAUGACGUGUUUGGUCUGAUGAUUGGUUUAUAUGAGACCGGUGGCAGCGACAGACCUGACAGCUUCUCCUUCCACAAAGACUCAGAGAAUGACAGAGAUGAAGACCAACGACAGGAGGAGCAGACGGAGGCCCUUGAACAGGUGGAGAAGCAGAAGGAGAUGAAGGAUGGAGGUGCGUCUCCUGCAGACACACAGGGAAUGUUGCAUCUCACAAUCGACUCUCCGGGAGGCGCCUGUGCAUGCUGUCUGUCUCUCAUGACUCUCGGACUGCUGUCUGUGGACGUCCAUAUUCCACAACAGACCGUCAUCAUAGACAGCAGCACGAUUGACAACGACAUGCUCAAGAGUCUGACCAAAGCACUGGAGGAGGAAGAUGACAAUGAUGAUGAAGAGAGGAAGAAGAAGCAAGAGGUCAAACCUCAUCAGGUGUCUCACACUAAUUACCUGCUCAUGAGGGGAUUUUACGCUCUGGGAACCCUGCGCUCACACACACAAACACACAGCUCAAACUGCACUGACAACAUCAUGAUCAACGCCUGCACCAUCCACAUUCAGCUGAGACAGACACCCAAACACACGCUCUUCACACAAGACGCUGAUGCUGUCUCAGCGCUCUCUCCAUCCUCCCCUCCGUCUCUGCCAGCAUCGUUUACACGUGUGUAUACCUUAGCAGCGGUGGAUCGGCAGCCAUUCUUGGACAGGUGUGGGAGCUUGUUGGGAUACGGACCGCAGGACGUCCAGGCGGUCCAAGAAAUCAGAGAUGCCGUGGAGCAGGAGGCGGAGUUUGGCAUUGAUAGACAGGACCUGUGUGAGCACUUUGUACACCUGGAACAACAUGAGAAUGGCCGCAACAGAACACUACAACAAUAUAUACAGGAUUUAGUUGAUGGAGAGCAGAUCGUGGAGGUAGGUGCUCAGUCUCAGAGACUGGUAUGUUUGAAUGUUGCGUCUCAUUGGCUGCUACAGAGCGUGGAUGAAUGUGAGCAGACACAACAGGUGCUCCUCAAAAGAGGCCCCGCCCACAACCCCACCCACACCACACCCCCACCAAAAAAGAGGCGGGCCAUGGAAUCUGAUUUCAAGGAAACAGUUGCCACUGAUACAGUCUCCAAGGACACGGAUGUCAAUCAGACUGUCACCAUGGAUUCAACUUCCAUGGGCACAGCGGUCAGUCAGACUAUUGCCAUGGAUACAGUUUACACAGACUCAGAUGUCAAUCAGACCAUAACUACGGACGCAGCUAUGAGUCCGACUGUUUCCAGGGAGACUGAUGCUGAGCAGACGGUUGAUAUAGAGGAGGCGGUUCCUAAAGAUGCCAAUGGCUCAGAGCAGCAUACAUUAGAAGACAAAGGGGUGCGGCUUUGUAAUGAACCCGCCCCUUCACAAAGCAAAGAUGGAGACGGAGCUAUUGACCAGGAGAAAGACAGUGAGACGGUGAGGUUUGUGAGUCGUCCGUGGCGUGUGGUCGACGGCUCGUUGAAUGGUCCGGUGUGUAAAGGCAUGCUGGAGUCUCUUCUGCUGCACAUCAUGACGAGUCCAGCCAUCUGUGAGGCUGUUCUGCUGCAGCAUUACAAUGAGGUGCUUCAACCCGUUGUGGUGCUCGACCUGCUGCAGGUGUUGAUUGAGUUGGGCUGUGUGAAGAAGCGCUACAUUGUGCACCAGCACAAGACGUCACUGUUCUCCAAACCCAGAGCGCCACAGGUCAAAGGUCAGUCGGAGGUCAGUGUGAGGGAUGCGGUGACGGCGUUCUAUGAGCCCACAGUGGACUGUACGCUCAGACUGGCGCGACUCUUUCCUCACGAGCUCAACUGGAAUAAGUGGGUUCAACUCUGUCUAUGACUUUGAACACACGUAUGAAGACGUUAAUGAAUCCUGUUUGUUUUUGUGUUUAUUCAGUUUUAACCUUGACUGCUUGUUGCACAAAAUAAAGACAUUUUUCAUCACA